AUGUUCGAGACGAGCGGACAAGCUCAGGAGGCGCUGAGACAAUUCAAAGAGGACUGCAAAGCCGAGCGGUGUGGAGGCGCGCCAAAGGGACUGCGGGAGCGGGAACAAGAGAAGAUCAUGCCUGCCGCUUUAUCAUCAACUAAAUCUGCUGUCGACGCUUCUUCUCACCGGAGAAAGACUAGGAUCGUGAAACGGCGCGGGAGAGCAGUCAAUGGAGCCGAGAGCGAUGAUGAAAUCGUGCGGGAGAUCACAUCGGACGACGACACAGACGACUCUUCUGUCGACUCGGAGUCGGAGACAGAGUCCCUGUCGGACGAUCAUCACCUGAACGGACGGUCGGAAGUCGUCACCCCAAGCACGACACAAAGUCCUCCGCCUCCCGAGCUUGAUGGUCGUGUCUCUCUUGCAAACGGCAUCACGCCGAAGCAGGUUGAAUCCGGCCCGUUUGUCGCCACAACGGACUGGGCGGACAUGGUCGCGUCCGAACAUGCGAAUGGCACGGAGGAUCUCCCUGUCAUCGAUUUUGCUGACCUCGGGCGCAGUCCGCUCGACCAACACCUUGUCUCUGCCCCUCGCUCGCGCAAGGUGCACAAACAAGGAAAACGGUCUGAUGCGCAGAGGUCGACGUCUGCUCCUCCUGCGCCGCCCUUAGCAUCACCGCCUCCUCACCACGCCGAGGAGCCUGAUGAUGAUGAUGCGCAUGAGCAGUUGGAGGAGGCGACUUCUUUCGAGCGCUCAGACGAGCAUCGCCAGAAUCGCUCGCGUGGCCAGACAGCCAGACAGGCAUACCAGCAGCGGCUGGAGACAGACCCUUCAUUCGUGCCGAAGGUGGGUGAGUUCUGGGGACAUGAUGACCGCCUGCUGGACAAGGAUCUUCGUAGUCUCAGCGGAUGGUGGCGUGGUCGAUGGCAGUCUCGUGGGCGUGGUCGGAGCGCUUUCACGAUGCGCGGCCGUGGUGGUCGGGGAGGAUUCGCUGGUGGACGUCCUCCCAAUGACACAGACGAGUUCGGAGAAGAGCAGGUUGAUGGAGCUGAGGUUGUGGAUGAGGUGCCACCGGUCGAAAAGACAUGGACACACGAUGGAUUCGAGGAGAUGAAGCGGCGGGACGAGCAGCGGCGGCAGCGCGUACAGGACCAGCAGCAACCAGCUCGUUUCGGGCCCCAGCGUGGUUUUGCCUUCCGUGGGAGAGGCGGCUUCUUCGGUGGUCGAGGGCGCGGCGGGUGGAAUCCUGGUUUCCUUGGUCGCGGGACAGCCGACCGGCCUUGGUUCGCUAUGAAGCCCGAGCGCGAGUGGACGAAGCAUCACGAGGCGUUCCUCUACUUUGAUCCCGCCCUCAAACCCCGUCCUGGGCAAGGGCCCGGCUACCGUGUGAAGCUCCCCGGUGGUCCUGAGCAUAUCAUCAGAGGACCUCCUCGUUCGUAUCCUAUGUCCCAGGUUGGCUUUGAGGAUCCUUCCGAAUUCUUGCAAGAUGAAACGGAGAAGAUCUUCACGGUUCGCAUUCCCCCGCGAGCGGGCAAGGAGAAAGCUAAGGAGGAGACGCAAGAGGUACCCGCCGAGGCUGUCAAUGUCGAGGAGUCUGCAACCACAAUGGCAGAGCUCUCCAUUGAGGAGGUGUUCACGGUCCGCCCGAACAUUGUUCCGAACAGGCGGAUCGAGAUUCCCAUACCACAGAAACAAGAUGCUUCGCCACCCAGCGAACCGUCCGCACCUCCGUCGCUGCCCCCUCCGUCUGUACAUCCCAUGUCGCAUGCAUCGCACUCGACGCCAUCUUCGCAGCAGCUGGACACCAGAGGUCAACAGCAACACAUAAGCCCUUUGUCGUUGGACCCGCUUGUUCUCCGUCCCACAGCUUCGUCGCCUAGUCCCAUAAUAAAGGAGACGGUUCUCCGGCGCCCAUCGCUUUCGACACAGGCACCUCCCACUGCAUCGCCGUCGACAGAGGCACCGCGCCCCGCCCCGCCAGCUCUUCACCCACUGCAAACCUCUUUCUCUCCUGUCCCCCAGACCCCGCCCUCGUACAAUCCGUCGUACGGAUACGGCGUUCCAUUGCCUCCAGGUGUUGCUUUCAAUCACCAUGGCAUGCCCUAUGAGCUCGCUACCGGUCGUCCCGUGAUCCUUCAAUCGACUCCCCCACCCAUGUUUACGCCACGACCGAUGAUGCACGGCCACGUCCCUCAUCCCUCCCACUCAUAUGUCCCUGCCCACAUGCACCAUCACUCCACGGUGUCGCCCGACUUCCUUGCACAUCCUCAUACACCGCCUGUUGGUCAGUUCGUAGAUCCGGCGACGGGCGUGCCCUUCUUCACGCCCGCACGCCAAAGUAGCCGUAUCGAGAUUCGUGCGCCGGAUGGGACGGACGGCAAGAAAGCUACGCGACCCUCCGGCUUGAGGACGUCGAUGUCCAGUUCCGAGGCGUACCCCGAUGCCCAGCUGUAUCAGCCCACAGACAUGGGCACUCCCCAAGCGCUGGAUGAAGAGAGCAUCGCUGCGCCGAAUGGACUACAGCAUAUUGAGCAACCGCAGCCACUCGUCGCUGAACAGCCAAUGGCUUAUCCGGCGUACCAGCCCUACUAUUAUCCUGAUGCUUAUGCCUAUCCAACGUACAUGGACAUGUCGCCCCAGGUCAUGCAUUACGAGAUGUACCCUCCCGCGGACCAUCGUACCCCCCAGCCCCCUAUGAUCUACUACUAG